GUAAAAGCGUCGAGAUCAGUAAAUUUAUACUUCUCGCAGUCACUGAAUUGAUGUCAAACUAAAAGCGUAUUAUUUUAGAGUUGUUUCUUCAAUCAUGAAUUUGCUAACUACUAUAUUAUUAAUUAUCUCAACUAUUUUAGGCUCAAACAACAAUGCGAUACACGCGGUCGAUGUUUCACGUCCACUUUUCCGAACCACUAAAAUAGUUUCAACCACGCCAGCAAUCGACCUUUACAAAAAAAACGAAUUCACUGUUCAAGAAGCGUACAAUAUUACACAAAUUAUACCACUCACGACUGCGGAAAUAUCUAAAAAUACUGCUAAAUUUUAUCGAACAAUCAAUUCGAAAUCCUUACAGAUUUCAAACAAUAUCGAUGAAGUGACGGCAAAACUAACACAUCCUUCAUAUUACGAAAGGCACCGCUACUCGUAUAAUCAACAUCCACCAAAAUUAGCCGUGAAAAAUAUCACUUGCGAAUUUUCAAACUUUUUGAAGAUAAAAAUGAAUACCCAGUCUAUAUUGGAACUAACAGGCUAUUACAACAUUAAAAACAAUUCUACGACACUUCAUACAGUUAAAUACCUAAUGCGCUUCGCAGGAAUAAACAUUUCUAUACUUAAAACGUAUAAUCCAGCGAAUCUUACGUCGUCUAUCAGUGAAACGGAUAUCGAGAUAGAAUAUCAGGACUUCAAAAUCGAAUUAUCCGGAAACGAUGGCGAAGAAUUUGUUGCAUUGAAUUCCAUGUCGUCCUUGAUACAAGAAAUCAAAUCGUAUUUUGAAAAAGAAAUCAUACGUUUUUUCCAUUCGAUGCAAUCAACUUACGAUAAAGUAUUCACAACUUGUAUGCAGCCUAAAGAAAAUAUUAACGAAAAGUUCGCCAACUUCUCAGCACACGAAUUAGAUCACUAUUACCAAAUUGGUAAUGAAGGACCCGAUUACUGGAAAAUUGUCAUGGAUCAGAUAACCAUACGUGGAUUGACAAAUUUCAAAAAUUUCUCGCUGAAUACCGAGUCGAAUGAAUUACAAUUAUCGAUCGAAAAUGUAUCAGGUAAUGUGAACUGGUAUUACCACAACGAAUCUGAUUUAAAUGUGAAACCCUCGCAAUUACACUUCAAGAUCGAUCGAAUUAAUAUUGAAACCGAUUUUGAAAAGAUUAUGCGAGUCCUACGAGAUCGGAGUUACCUAUUACUCAUAAAUUCACAUUCAUAUGGUGACGUAUUACUAGGCAGCGUAAUUAAAAUUGAUGCAGCUUCAGUCGUUUGUGAGAAUUCCAACGAUAGCUUAUCAUCUUUAGCUUCGGCGAUAUUAUUAGAAAAAACGAAAGUGUCUGUAAUACGAUCGAUUACCGAAUCGCUUCAAAACAUUUAUAACAACUAUGACGAUGAGCUCCGACAGUUCAUCCGAGUUAUGUAAGGAUUGACAAUUUGUAUCACGUACCUACCAAACUUGUUUCUUUUUACUGAAUAUUCUCGGUACCCCGAAAAGGCUACGAAGUACAUAGUUACUUCAUCAAGAAAAUCUUUGAAAAGUAAUCGUAAUUUAAUAUUUAGCUGAUUUAUAGUAUGUACCUAUUUCAAAAUUGUUCAUGUUGUACAACCUGACCAAAUAAACAUUAUUUUCUUAAAUCUAUAAA